AUGGGUGAUCAGGAAAUCUUUGCAGAAGAUGGAGGGCUACGGGAAAAGGUUCCAAAAGGAAAAGUUGUUAUCUGCGACAGAGUCUACACUGACAAAAAGACGGCAGGCAACAACGCAAAGCUUGCCCUCCCCAGCCUUGCUGAUCCUGGACCCUUAUUCAAAUUCAAAUCCAAGUU